AAAGACCAAAAGAAAGAUUUGUACACUGACGCUAGAACUGAAAAGGAAGAAGAUACUAUGGAUACUUGGGAUGAAGAAAAAUUAAGAAAAGUUAUUUUGUCCAAACAUGGUAAUCCUAAAACAACCACCGAAAAAGUUUGUAAAUACUUUAUUGAAGCCGUUGAAAAUGGUAAAUAUGGUUGGUUUUGGGUUUGUCCUAACGGAGGUAACGAAUGUAAAUAUAGACAUUCUUUACCACCAGGAUUUGUUUUGAAAACCAAGGAACAAAAACGUUUAGAAAAACUUGCAUCGGAAUCUGCUCCUAAGAUUACUCUAGAAGAAUUUAUUGAAAUGGAAAGAGGUAAAUUGGACAGAAGUAAAUUCACUCCAAUUACUAUUGAAUCUUUUAAUCAAUGGAAAACUAAACAAAUUGAAAAGAAAGCUAGUGAGAAGAAGAAAGAAGAACAAAGUGGUAAAAGAGUUCUCACUGGUAGAGAAAUUAUCAUUCAAAAAUUCUCUGAUAAAUAUUAUACUGAAGCUGAUGAUGGUUCUCAAGGUACUGAAUGGGAUUUAUCUGAGUUCAGAAAGAACUUACCAGAUGUCGAUGAUUCUAACAUUAAAGACUAUGGUGAUGGAAAUGUGCUGAAUGAGUCUGCUUCUCCAGCCAAAGCUGAAGAAACUGUUCAAGAACCAGCAUCUCAAAAAGCAUAAGAAUUUCAUUAAGAAAUUUGAUACAUUCUUAAUGUGAAUUUUGCAUUCAAUUCUUUAAGUAUCAGUGUAUAAUAUAUAACUUACG